AUGGAUCAACAACAAUCUGGUGAGGAUAUUCACCUCCUAGCCAAGACAGUGCUGAGUAGUCAGGACCGCAGUGAAAGUUUGGUCGGUAUUAGUAAUUCUCGAGAUGUUUUGGAAAAUUCACAUCAUCACUAUAAUAACGAUGAUGACGAUACACAACAUGAAGUUGAUGUUGAUGAUAUGGUAACCUAUCGACACGGAAAGCCAAUUAAAAAACCACUUUUACCUAAUUUUUCACAGAUGAGUAAGAAGGAGGUGGCCAAAUUAUCGUUGAGAACUUCAAAGAUUUUGAUAUUAUCUGUUUUAUUUGUGGUAUUCGGAGUUGUUUAUAGUGUUUUUCAUAGAAAUCCAGUGGAAGAUACUCUUCAUUUCGUUUCUAUUGGAGAAGCAGAACCAAAAUAUAUUGAAUUCAGUACAAGUCAACCUCGUGAUAUUUUGAGUAUUGAAGUUGAAGUGCCAAUUGUUGGUAACGAUGUAAUUUAUAAUUUGAGAAAACAAGCCACACAUAAUGAGGAAAAUCAUGAUUGGAAUUUAGUUUUUCAAAUUCAAAAAUCAAUGUUUGACAGUGAAUUUAUUAACUUGUCUGAUCAAAAUUAUACAAUUGAUUUCCUUCCAAAUUUCCCAAGUGUGAAUCAUACAGAAGUGAAUCAAACUGAUCAUCACACAAGUAAUCAUACUGAACCACAUGAGCCAGAACAAGAAAAUGUUGAUGAAGAGGAAUCUGAAAUUCAAGCUAUCAAGGGAUCUUACACAUUCAGCACUGAUUUAUCCACUCUCAAUCAAGAGGAAAAGAAAAAUGUUACCUACAGAUUGCUUAUUACCACCUCAUUCCCACAAAAUUAUACCAACUCAUUUGCAAUCAAGGUAAAUUUCAAGCAACAACCUGACUAUGCCAAGUAUAAGGUUAUUUAUGCUGCAUUGGUGUUGGUGUUUGUCUAUAUUUUGAUUAUUUUCGAAUUGGUUCACAGAACUGUUGCUUCCAUGCUUGGUUCGUUUAUAGUUUUGGCUGUUAUGGCUUUUAUCAAUCAAAGACCAACUUUGAAGGAAAUUUGUGAAUGGAUGGAAUAUGAUACUCUUACCUUGUUGUUUGGUAUGAUGAUCAUGGUUGGUAUCUUUGCCAAUACUGGGUUCUUUGAAUGGAUAGCCCUUGUGGCCUACAAAUUAUCAAAGGGAAGCGUUUGGAGAUUGACAGUCAUUUUGUGUUUAUUCACUGCUGUUGUUUCAGCUUUCCUCGACAAUGUCACAACAAUUUUGCUUGUAGUUCCAGUUACUUUGAGGUUGUGCAGUGUUGUAAAUGUUUCUCCAAUUCCAAUCGUUAUUAGCGAAGUAAUUUUCAGUAAUAUUGGUGGUGUAGCAACAGCUGUCGGUGACCCUCCAAUUGUCAUUAUUGUAAACCAUCCUGCCAUUAAGGCUCUAAAUAUUGGAUUUUUGGAUAUUUCUAUUUAUUUGGCUCCAUGUGCUGUCAUUAUUGGUGCCUGUACUAUUCUUCCAAUUCGUUUAUUGAACUGGAACCUUUUCAAGACAAAGCCAGAUAUUGAUAAUGAAAAGCUUCAAAGAGAAAAGGAAAUUGAAAUUUGGGAACAAACUUUGAGAAAGACUAGAGGAAACGGCAUUGAAGAAAUGAAAGUUAAAGAAAGCUUGCAACUUCACAUUGUCAACUUGAAAAGUCAGUUGGAAGAAUAUUUAACAUCAAGAGGAUCCAAUGUCAAUAAUGGAAAGCUAGGUGCCAAGGAGAUGAAGGAAUUAAGUGAACAAUACUUUAUUCACAAUCCUCGUUUAUUCAUUAUCUGCAGUGCCAUUUUGAUUAUUUGCAUUAUUUUCUUCUUCUUGGAAAGUUUUAUUCACCAUUAUGUUCAAACUAGCUUGGCUGAGGUUGCCAUUAUUGGAGCUAUUACAAUGUUAUUGCUUUCUGGAAUAGACGAUCUUGAAGAAGUAAUUGAAAAGGUCGAAUGGACAACUUUACUAUUCUUUGGAUCACUCUUCAUUCUCAUGGAAGGAUUAACUAAACUUGGAUUGAUUGAUUUUAUUGGCACUUGGACUUCAUAUGUUAUCUCACUUGUACCUGCUGGAGAUUUGAGAUUAUUUGUUGCCAUUACUGUGCUUGUAUGGGUUUCAGGAAUAGUUUCUGCCUUUAUCGAUAACUUACCAUACGCCUCAGCAAUGAUUCCAAUUGUUUUGAAAUUAGCUGAAGAACCAACCAAUUUACCUGUUAGACCAAUCUUGUGGGCUCUUGCCUUAGGUACAUGCUUAGGCGGUAAUGGUACCAUUAUUGGAGCUAGUGCCAACGUUGUUGCAGCAGGUAUUUGUGAAAAUAGUGGACACAAAAUGGGUUUCGUUCAGUUCAUGAAAUACGGCUUCCCAUGCAUGCUUCUUUCAUUAUUGAUUAGUAAUAUUUAUCUUGUCAUUUUGCAUGUUGCCAUUGGUGUGAGAUAA